AAUGGCUUCACUGCCACCUUCUUCUCCGGCACUACUAUCCGUGAACCGCCACAAGCCAGAGCUGAUCUCCCCGUCGCAGGCGACGCCACGCGAACUCAAGCCCCUCUCAGACCUGGACGACCAGGAGGGGCUUCGCUUUCAGAUUCCCUUCCUUUUCUUCUAUCCCAACAGCCCCCCAAUAAGAGGCCGAGAAGACCCGGCGAGAGUCGUCAAGGAAGCGCUCAGGAAGGCGCUCGUGUACUACUACCCAUUGGCCGGGCGUAUCCGGGAAGGGCCGAACCGCAAGCUCGUAGUGGACUGCACCGGCGAGGGGAUCCUGUUUGUCAAGGCCGAUGCCGACUUCAGCCUCGAGGAGCUCGGCGACUCCAUGAGGCCACCGUGCGGCUUUGUGGACGAGGUGUUGUGCGAUGUGGCCAGGUCUGGCGGCAUCAUUGGGUGCCCUCUGUUGUUGGUUCAGGUGACCCGUUUGAAAUGCGGGGGCUUCAUCCUCGGAAUCCGGCUCAAUCACGCCAUUAGCGAUUCCCUCGGCCUCAGACAAUUCCUGAAGGCGGCCGCAGAACUCGCAAGAGGCGCACACGUGCCGUCUUGGCUACCUGUUUGGGAAAGAGAAAUCCUCUGCGCCCGAGACCCGCCACGAGCGACGUGCAGGCACCCUGAGUUCGAGGAUGUGGUCGACGACGCCAGAAGAGCUGCCGUGACGUUGGACCCCAAGAACAUGGUACACAGAUCCUUCUUUUUCGGCCCACGCGAAGUGGCGUCAAUCAAGAAAGGCCUCCCUCACCACCUGGUCUCGAGAUCCUCCACCUACGAGUUACUUACGGCAUGCCUGUGGAAGUGCCGCACAAUUGCCCUCGAGAUCGAGCCGGACGAUGCCGUCCGCCUAUCAUCCGUGAUUAAUGCGCGAGGCAAGCAAGGCCUCGGCGUGCCUCGUGGUUAUUACGGGAACACGUCGGUGUAUGCAACGGUGCUUUUGAAGGCGGGUCAUCUGUGCAACAGUCCGCUGGGAUACGCGGUUGACUUAGUGAAGAAAUCGAAAGAAAUGGUGAGUGAAGAAUAUGUGAGGUCCUCCAUUGACGUCUUAGUCCUUAAGGGACGGCCGAAGUACACGACCGUUUGGAACUACGUGGUGGCCGACGCAACCAAGGUCGGGUUCGAAGAGGCCGACUUCGGUUGGGGGAAGCCAGCAUAUGGUGGGGUUGCAGGCGCAUUUCCAUUGAUAAGCUUUAACGUGAAGUACAGAACGAGGAAGGGGGAGGAAGGGAUUGUGGUGCCGAUAAUGUUGCCGGAGAGAGCAAUGCGAAGGUUUCAAGAAGAGCUUGCAAAGAUGACUGAUGAAGGGAGGGAGGAUGAUGAUUGUUAUGGCGUGGAUUCAACUACAAAUAGAUCCAAUCUCUAGAGGGGUAAUUAACCAUAGAUUAUCUAAAGUUUCUCAAUCACAUAGGACAAAGCUUGAAUUAUUAAAUGGAGCAUCUUUCUUUGGAUUUAUGUUCUAAUUAUGGACUUGAUAAUAAACCGA